AUGACUGUGCCUAACAUUAACAGAUUUGCCAGACUAAAGAAGAUUCAGGUGGUACAAGCCAGUCGAUACCUCUACAUUCGUUUUGUUGCUACUACAGGAGAUGCCAUGGGGAUGAAUAUGGUAUCUAAGGGGUCAGAGAGAGCAUUGACAACUAUCCUGGAGCAGUUUCCUGACAUGGAAAUUUUAAGUCUGAGUGGGAACUUCUGUACUGACAAGAAACCUUCAGCAGUAAAUUGGCUGGAAGGUCGAGGCAAGUCUGUGGUAUCCGAGGCUGUGAUUCCGGCAAAAAUUGUCAAGUCCGUGCUGAAGACAACUGUGGCUGCACUUGUUGACCUAAACAUCAGUAAAAACCUUAUGGGAUCUGCUAUGGCAGGCAGUAUUGGCGGCUUCAACGCCCACGCAGCCAAUGUGGUCACUGCAAUCUUUAUUGCUACAGGACAGGACCCAGCCCAGAACACUACAAGCUCUAACUGUAUCACACUGAUGGAGCCUACUGGACCUGAUGGUUCUGACCUGUACAUCAGCUGUACCAUGCCUUCUAUAGAAGUAGGAACAGUGGGUGGUGGAACUAUUCUCCCUCCUCAAGCUGCGUGUCUGCAGAUGCUAGGUUUACGAGGAUCGACUGGUAAAUCAGGAGAUAAUGCUGGUGAGCUAGCUAGAGUGAUUUGUGCCACAGUCCUUGCUGGAGAACUCUCUCUUAUGUCGGCUCUAGCCGCAGGGCAUCUGGUCAAAAGUCACCUGAGACACAACAGGUCGACAUUGAAUGUGAUAGCAGAUACAAGUGGUACUAGUAUAUCUAAGGCUAAAUGUGUAGAAUCUGAUAACAGUGUGUUUGACGUUUGCAAUAACAGCCAAUCGCUGGCACAAAAAGGACCUGAAAUAUGUAUAUCACAAGGAGCACGUACAUCAGAAACGACUGCAGGGUUGAUAGAGCCAGGAACAUGUGUACUGAAGGCAUCAUGACAACCUGUAUCAUUCCAUUAACUACUACAUAGUCAGUACAUCAGGAAUCCUUUUUUUGUCGGUGAUGAGGAUUAUGUGCUACUUGUACUGUUAUUCAUCAAGAGGUGCUUUUUCUAUUUACAUGCAGAUAUUAUAAUUAAAUGUUUGUUUAUUUAUUGCGCUUCUCCUGAAAAUCAACAAAUUCUAAAUAGGUAAAACUUUUUAGCUCACAUGAAUGGAAGCGCCAGGUGAGCUAUUCAGUGUCCGUCGUCGGUCAACUUUUUCUAUAAAUUGCUGCUAGUCAUGAACACAUGAGUGGAUUUUUUACCAAAUUUGGUUUGAAGCCUGCUUGAGGGAAGGGGAUUUAAUUUGUAUAAAGGAUGGGUCCAAUGGGAAAAAUUGAUCAAUUUCUUUAAAAUCUCCCUUGUUCUUCAGGAAUUGCAAGAUUUUGUACAAAUUUGGUCUAAAACCUGCUUGGGUGAAGGGAAAUCAAUUUAUAUGAACAGUGGGUCUGACUCCUUGGAGCCAGAGGGGUGGGGCCAAAUGGGAAAAAUCUAUUAAUUUGUCUAAAAUCUAUCUUGUUCUUCAGGAGUUGUAGGAUGUCAAAAUUUGAUCUGAUGCCUGCUUGGGUGAAGAGAAUCAGUUCUGUAUGAACAGUGAAUUGUCUGACCCCCUCUCCUUGGGGCCCAUUUGGGAAAUAGAGCAAGUUCUUUAACAUCAUUCUUAUGUAGGAAUAGCUGUAUUUUGUCAAAAAUUGGUGUGACAUGUUUGGAAGAAUGGGAUCAAUUUUGUACAAACAGUGGGUUCUGGCACUUUGUGGUGGGAGGAGUGAGGCUAAAUAGUGAAAAUAGAGCAGAUUCUUUAAAAUACUUCUUCUGAAGACAUUCUUGGUGCAGAGAACUUAGUUUUGUACAAACAGUACCUACAUUUAACUGCUAUGAGGAUGAGGGGCAAACCUGUUAUAGAGAAAUAGAUAGUUUGAAUAAAACAAUUUUAGCAAACUUACCCAGGUGAGUGAUGCAGGCCCUAUGGUCAUCUUGUUAUUAAAUCUUGAUAAAAGGGUUUAUUGUUAUGAAAUUUUAUUAUGGUAUUCAUUGAACCUUAUCAAGUCAAAGUUCAGUCCCUAAAUGUUGAUAUUUCAAUCUAUGGUCAAAAACUUCAUAGAAGAAAACAUGGCGAUGUAUCUUAUGUACCAAAAUUCUUUGUGAAGGAAAAUCUGUUUUAUGUACUAACUUCAGAUGUGAUCAGAUUUGUGUAAUUUACGUAGACAGGUCUCAGAUAUGUUGAUGUUAUUGGUUGUUAUAACUGUGAACACCUUUUGUGAUGAGGUCCGAGAAAUGAUCUCACAGGAAGUCUGUCAUGUGGUGGGAUAAUUAUGAUAAAUCAAUGUGCUUACCCCGUAUAUCUGUUAUUGUGGGACACUUUUUAAGUCAAGAAUCUACCUGAAAUGUUUAUUUAUAUAUUGUUAGUAUAAACAGUAAGGACCUCAAAGUGAUAAAAUCAUUGGUCAGUAGAGAAGACUGGACUUAGUAGUCUUAUUCUCAGACAAAAGUAACUGGAUACUUAUGUUAAAUAUUGAAUAGGAUGUCAAUGUUAUAUAUUGAAUAGGAUGUCAAGUGAAAUAUCGAUGCAUUUAUUGAAAAAUAUAUUGAACUGAUUUGAUUCUGAAAUCUUACAGGCAUUUGUGGGAUUACUUAUUUAUAUUUUCACCAAAUACUUCCUCAUUGUUGCAUUUUCUGUUUUUUCUGUCAGCUGUGAUAGUUGAUAAGAAAUUAAUACAUUACCAGCCUUUACUGAAAAAAGUUACAAGUGCAUAAAAGUAUACAUCUAAUGCUUUAAAAUUUGUGUAAGAUAAAUAUUUCAAUUAUGUGGUCACAAAGUUUAAGAACUGAUUUUACCUCGUGCGAGUGAAGCAUGUAUAGGUGCUUAUGAAGGACCUGUUCAAGCAAUAACUGCCUUGCUGCAGCUGUAGCUGUACCAUUCAGAGUAAAAUCAUGUUUUUUAUUGAACAAGUAUGAAAUA